AUGAACCAGGAGCCGCCGGUAGUGCAAGAAGAGCAACCACAACCUAUAGACAUCACGUUUAACCAUCGACCUUCCAUCUUCAACAACUCGAGAUUCAGAAGAGAAUCGGUGGCACACUCACAGGGCAUGGGAGGCAUUUCAUGGGGAUCAGUUACUAUAGGCUCAUGGUUGAAAGACGAGGUGAUGGCAACAAAUGUCGGCGGAAACUUCUUUGCUCCACAUUAUCAACAAAGCCAACAAGGCCAGCAGCAACAUCAAAAUCAACAGCAACAACAACAGUCUCAACAGCUGCAGCUGCUGCAACAGUUUCUCCAACCACAACCACAGCAGCAACACCAACAGUACCAAAAUCUAAUCAACCCAAGAAGAGGCUCCUUUCGCACAACCCUCCAUCCCAGUAUGUCGCCACAACAACAAACAUCGUAUCUUCCCGACCUUGAAGCCGACUAUUGCAAAGAUUACAACUGCUGUGGCGAAUUACUACCUACAUUGCACGAUUUGCUUCGACACUAUGAAGAAGCCCACAUUCUGGCGUCUCCUCCCCUUGAUGCCACUCAACAUCUUCUCAAUAGUAACCGUAACCGCAACUAUAAUAAUGUCCAUAACGUAAUGGAGACGGUCUCAACUACUGACGUCUUUCUCAACAGUAGCAACAGUAACAGCCAUCACACCACCAAUACUCAUAGCAGCACCAAGCAAUACGAUCACAAUAACCACAACAGCCACGGCAAUAACCACAGCAAUAGCCACAACAACAACUAUCACCAUUUUAACCAACAGCAGCAGUAUCAUCAAACACUGCAGCAGCCUCCAUUGACUCCUCCACACGAUACGCCCAUGCAAACAGAAGAAGAGGAUGUCUACAUCGAUGAUCCUGCUCGCCAUCUCUACGUGAUGGAAAAUGAAGAAAACAAGCCUUUUAAAUGCCCAGUUAUUGGCUGCGACAAAACUUACAAGAACCAAAACGGACUUAAAUAUCAUAGAUCCCACGGUCACCAAGGUCAAAGUUUACGGGAAAAUCCAGAUGGAACCAUCUCCAUCAUCGAUCCCGACUCAAAUUCACCGUACUUGGAUAAUUCUGCAUUAGAAAAAGAUAAACCUUAUAGAUGUGAAGUAUGUGGUAAGAGGUAUAAGAAUUUGAACGGUUUGAAAUAUCAUCGUGGUCACACCACUCAUUAA